UCGGCGCGUGCGCGGCUCGGGGCGCGCGGCCAUGAGCGCCGGGGCGGGGAGCGGCGGCCGCGCCGUGUGAGGGGCCCGGCGGGGCGGGGGGCCGCCGUCCCGUCCCUCCCUGCCUGCCUCCCCGCCUGCCUGCCUCCCCGCCGAGCCAUGGCCGCGGGGUGCUGCCGACAUCUCCUGCGGCUGCUGGCGCUGCUAUUGCUGCUCCUGCCCGCCCGCGGGCAGCCCGGCCUCGGCCCGCACUGGCCGCCCGCCGGGCCCGGGGCCAGCCUCAGCCUCUACCUCAGCGAGGAAGAAGUGCGUCGGCUCAUCGGUCUCGAUGCCGAGUUGUCUUAUGUGAGGAAUGAUGUGGUUAAUCACUAUGCAUUGUCCUUCAAUCUCUUAAUACCCAGCGAGACCAACAACCUUCACUUCAGCUGGCAUGCGAAAUCCAAGGUUGAGUAUAAACUGGGAUUUCAGGUGGAUAAUCCCAUGGCAAUGGCUGUGCCCCAGGCCAACAUUUCUCUCCAAGGGGAAGUUCCUCGCACUCUUUCAGUGUUCCGUGUCGAACUCUCCUGCACUGGCAGACUCGACUCCGAGGUCACAAUCCUAAUGCAGCUCAACUUGACAAUAAAUUCAUCGAAAAACAUCACAGUUUUAAAUUUCAAACGAAGGAAAAUGUGCUACAAAAAGCUUGAAGCAGAAGUAAAGUCUCCCACGUCUGACAGAAACAGCAGCAAGGCUUUCUUCGAUCCCGUAAACGCAGCUCCCACCACUUCCACCCGCGUGUUUUAUAUCAGUGUCGGCGUGUGCUGUGCUGUUAUAUUCCUGGUGGCAAUAAUAUUGGCUGUCUUGCAUCUCCACAGCAUGAAAAGGAUAGAGUUGGAUGACAGCAUCAGUGACAGCAGCAGCUCGCAAGGUUUAUCCCAGCCUUCCACACAGACGACGCAGUACCUGCGGGCUGACACGCCCAACAAUGCAACGCCAGUAACCAGCUCCUCAGGUUAUCCUACGUUACGGAUAGAGAAGAAUGAUCUUAAAAGCGUCACACUGAUGGAAGCGAAAGCUAAAGUGAAGGACAUCGCCAUCUCCAGGGAGAGGAUAACUCUAAAAGAUGUGCUUCAAGAAGGCACGUUUGGGCGCAUUUUCCAUGGGAUUCUAAUAGAAGAAAAAGACCCCAGCAAAGAGAAACAAGUGUUUGUCAAAACUGUUAAAGAUCAGGCCUCCGAGGUGCAGGUGACGAUGAUGCUGACCGAGAGCUGUAAACUCCGAGGGCUCCAUCACAGGAAUCUGCUCCCAAUCACUCACGUCUGCAUAGAAGAGGGAGAGAAACCCAUGGUGCUGCUGCCGUACAUGAACUGGGGUAACCUGAAGCUCUUCCUGCGACAGUGCAAGCUGGUUGAGGCCAACAAUCCCCAGGCGAUUUCCCAGCAGGACCUCGUACACAUGGCCAUCCAGAUCGCGUGUGGCAUGAGUUACCUGGCCAGGCGGGAGGUCAUUCACAGGGACCUGGCUGCUAGAAACUGCGUCAUUGACGACGCACUUCAGGUUAAGAUUACAGACAAUGCGCUCUCUCGAGACCUCUUUCCGAUGGACUACCACUGCCUGGGAGACAACGAGAACAGGCCCGUUCGAUGGAUGGCUCUUGAAAGCCUGGUUAACAACGAAUUCUCCAGCGCUAGUGAUGUGUGGGCCUUUGGAGUAACGCUGUGGGAGCUGAUGACAUUGGGACAGACGCCGUAUGUCGACAUCGACCCCUUUGAGAUGGCUGCUUAUUUAAAGGAUGGCUAUCGGAUAGCUCAGCCCAUCAACUGCCCUGAUGAACUAUUCGCUGUCAUGGCCUGCUGUUGGGCCCUUGACCCUGAAGAAAGACCCAAGUUUCAGCAGCUGGUGCAAUGUCUAACGGAAUUCCACGCGGCGUUGGGAGCCUACGUCUGAAACUAUGGAAGGAGGUUGGAUUCAGUGGUCGGGAGAAGGCAUGGCUAUAUCCGCUGCUCCGUGCAUCACUCGGACUCGCACACGCCACGUGUAUAAAGCAACACUAACGGGAGAAAGCACUUCUUCCAAAACACUGUGCCUUAGAAUGCUUUCGUAGUCUGAAGUCUUUUAUAAGACCUCUUGAUGUUGAAUCUUUUCUAGGUAUCACUUUUGCUAAGUUAAAUCGAGACCUUUUUGUAUGCCAUCAGGAUUUUUAACGUGUAGUGAACUGGUAGCGAACUGAAACACGAGGUGUCGAUGGACUUUGCACUCCUAUAGACACCGGAGUUUUUGGAAGGGAAUAUGGAACCGGUAGCAAACUGAGGAGAGGGGAGAGGAAUGCGAAAGCCGCACUGCAGAAAACGUUCCCUGCUUUCUAAAAACAUUGAAACUGAAUCUUUCUGACCAGCUCUAGUGUUUGUACUUGUAUGUAUCUGGAAUAGCUUUUUUAGUAUCAACUUCUAUUUUGAGACACAUUGUGGUUGGAACCACAAGCGGCAUCUUUACCUUUUUAACCUAUUCACAAAUGGUUUUGGUUUUUUUUGAAAAGCUGGUCUUCAGGACACAAAAUCCCCUUUUUAAGGCAGUAAGUGGUUCUGUAAAAGUGAUUCCACUUUACCUCAUACAGAGAGGAGUGAAGGGGAGUAAAAAUGCUGCUCCUCCUUGCAGGUAAAAGGCCGAUGUGAUUUUUGUUUUUUUUUUAGCUGGUUUUCUGUGCUAACGUAGAGGCCUUCAGAGAAGCACCAAAGCAGCCCUUGUGUGGGAGUCUUUCACCUCAGACUUCUGGAUCGCAAUUUUUCUUGUUCAAAAAGGUACUGGUUGUUUUUUAUGGGCUUUUAUGGCCUGAAAUGGGCUUAAAUAUAUAAAUAUAUAUUUGUAAAGACACUUGCAGAGUAAAGAAGGUUUUUCUAUUACAUCCAAUGUGAAAGCU